AUGCAUAGCCGAUCAACCAAUGAAGAAAAUGAGCUUGAACCAAGCUCUGCAUGUCUCAAAAGAUCACUGCUCUCAAAAGAUCCGAUGCCACAUCAAAGCAACCAGAAUUUGAACCAAUGUAUUGAUCAACCUAGAAUCAAGCAGCUGCAGCCUCCUCUUUCUCCUGUGGAAGGUGUGAGACCUUGGGGAAGAUUCGCUGCAGAGAUCAGAGACCCAAGGCAAAAAUCUAGGGUUUGGCUGGGGACUUUCGAUUCAGCUGAAGAUGCAGGUCGAGCCUUCGACGCCGCUGCUCUUUCGCUUUGGGGACCCAAGGCCAAGAUCAACUUUCCAUUAACCACUCCUUCAAACCCUUACUAUCCAUUUCAUCAGAACCCUAACGAUCGCUUUGUCAAUCAGCGGUUGUAUACUCAGGAGCACCAGAUUAUCGCCCAGAGGACCACUCUUAGUAGUUUGACUGAUUCUGUUGAGUCGUUCAGUGGGCCUCGGCGGCGUAAGACAGCUGAUUUGUCGUCGCGUAAACACCCCGGUUGCCGCCGGUGUUGCCGAGUGCAAGAAAGGGUGGAAUGGCAUGGGGCCCGGUAG